AUGCCCGGACUUGCCGCGCUGUCGAGGGGCUCGGAGCGGGACGGGGUCCGGCAGGCAGCCCCUUGGGAAGCCAGUGCUGUUGCCCUGAGGAAGAGAGACAGCUUGGAUUCCUUGGAUCUACGCUGGGAAGAUGAUUACUACAGGAAAAGCAAUGGUGUCUAUUGCAAGAAGUGCCCUGCAGGCACCCACCUUAUCAAGGAGUGUGAGGAGCAGGGAGGCUCCAGCACGUGUGAGCCCUGUGGACUCGGGGAAUACAUGGAAUAUCCCAACACCUUCCCGUCGUGCCAGGAGUGCUCCAAGUGCAGGGAAGAUCAGGUGGAGCUGAGGCCUUGCCAGCCCCAGAGGAACACGGUGUGUGCCUGCAGGAACGGCACCUUCUGCCCCCCGGAGCACCCCUGUGAGAUGUGCCAGAAGUGCCAGCCCAGGUGUCCCGACGGUCAAGUGGUGCUGAAGCCCUGCACACCCACAAGUGACCUGCAGUGUGGUCCUGACACGGCCACCUCCCCCUCCUACCUCACGGGUGGCAGCAUUGCAGGGAUUGUGACUGGGACUGGGAUUGGGAUCGUGAUGAUUGGGAUUGCUGUCUACUGCUGCUGCAAACACCACUGCAGCUCCCCAGGGGAUCGGAGCCCCUCGUGCACGAGGCCCUUUGAAAUUGUGUUUCAGAAGCUGCCGUGGUGCAAGAGCAAGAGAGAGAACAGUGGGAGAGAGGACAACAUCCCCAACGAGCAGACAGAGAGGGAGCAAAGGGCAGCAGAGAGACAGGAGAUGCUGCCAACUAAGAGUGAGAGGCCCUGGAGGACUCUGGUUCCUCCACCAGGGACUGAACCCGUUAAAGCGCUGAGGGACACCUUUGACACCUUUGCGGAAAAAGUGCCCGUGGACUACUGGAGGAGAUUCGGCCUCAGGCUGAACCUGCUGGAGAUUGACAUCCCCACGGGCCGGACCCCGGAUGACUUUUACAACAUGAUGUGCAGGUGGCACAACAGGGUGGGCUCCAAGGCCUCUGUGAACACCCUGCUGGACACCCUGGAGCGCCUCAAGCUCGGUGGGGUGGCAGAGAACCUCUGUAAGACCCUGGUCCAGGAGCAGGGCUUUCAGUACGAAACGAGCUGAAGGAGCAGCUCUGCAGCUGUGAAAUACCCAGAAGAGUCCAAUUGUAGCUGUUUAUAGCUGGCCUGUGCUCUUCUGCUCUUGAAGCCAUCAUGAGUUCAGCUGAGCCAGGAGGAGCUGAUCCUCAUGAGAAGCACAAGCCCCAGGCUCCCCUCUGCUGGAGUUACGAUGUUGGUUCUUCCUCGUGGAAUCCGAGCUGGUUUCUUGAUUUCACUGAGUCAACACCAAGAGUUCAACUAACUUCAAUCUGCUUUGGAUCAUCUCUCUUGGAAGCAUUGGUACUACCCAGAUUUCUUUGGGAUCUAUGCAGAGAAGGGUUUUUGGCAUCCCUGUGCUUUUGAACUGGAUCAUCCUUGAUCUUCAAAGGAUUCCUGGCAUCAUGAAUGGCUUCUGCUUCUAGAACAUCUCUAAGUAAGCUUCAUUCUGCAUGCUUGGUGUUCUGCAAGCUCAGCUGGGAUCUUGGGGUGCUUUUUGUCAGCUAAAUUUUUAGGUUUUGGGUUUUUUUUGUUUUUGUUUUUGUUUACAUGGUUCUGCUUGUUCUUAGGAGCCAGUUUAAAACUGUGCUUGGAGGGGACGGGGGGAAUGAUUGAUUUGCACAGUGGACACUGGGGUGGCCUGGGGAAAGGGACAAUGCAGGGGUCACCCAGCCCAGCCCCCUGCCAGGACCAGGGAUGUCUUUCUUUCCAUGAGGCUGCUCCAAGCCCCAUCCAGCCUGACCUUGAGUCUUUGCCAGGAUGGGGCAGAUUAUCGGGGCAGCCUUUCUGUCAGUGUUAGUGUCAUUUUGAAGGAUUUUUUUUGGUUAAAUUUAAUAUAAUUUAUUAUCUCAUUUCAUUCUAAGCCAUCCCCGUUCCUGGCACUCCAGGCCCUUGUCCAACUCUCCUGGAGCCCUUUUAGGUACUGGAAGGGGCUUGAAGGUGUCCCAGAGCCUUCUCCUCUCCAGGCUGGACAAUCCCAGCUCUCCCAGUCUGGCUCCAGAGGGGCUCCAGCCCUCCUCUGGAUUUGCUCCAGGACUUCCACAUCCCUGUGGAGGCCCCAGAGCUGAGGAGAAGGGGAGGAUCCCUCAGGUUACCCCAUGGCUGUGGGUGGCUCUGCUGCCCCUGUGUGUGCCCCAGCGUGGAGGGGUGAAUGCACUGAGUGUGAGUGUGCCCUGGUACCUCCUGCCCAUCCCGACCCGGGGGCAAAUCCUCAAGCACUGCACCUCACACAGAGCUCAGGGACAACCCAGCUGGGAAAACAGCUGGGAAAACCACUGGAUUACUUGAGCUGCCACCCCAGUCCAUCCCCAAUGUGAUGGGAGGGUGCUGAGCACCCUCCCUGCUGCUCCCAUUCCCCCACCCUCCAACAAGACAAGCAGAACUUUUGUACUUAUUUAUUUAGCAAGUGUAAAUAUUACAUAUAUUAACUUGAAACUUUUUAUAAAAAUAUUGUUUUUGUUAUGCAUGGUUGUGUGUUUUUUACAGAGCUCUGGCCCAGCCAGUCUGCUUCUCCAGUUCUGUACAUUUGUUUAUGAAGGGAUUAAUUUAAAAAAAAAAAAAUCCUGAUUUUUCUCGUCUGGUUUGAUUUGUUUUUCCCCCCAGAACUCUGGUGAGGGGUCCCAAUGGCCACCAAGCUUCAGGGUCCCAGUGGGCACCAGCUGCUCCACGUGGCACUGGGCACUCAGCCCAGGGAAUUAAUGCUCAGCCACCCCACCAGGGAUGGUCCCCAAGGGUCCUUUGUGCCAGGGAAAGCCCUCAGCAGCCAUGCUGGCCUUUAAUUACCCAGAUCAGAGCCUUGUGCCAGAGCAGGGGGUGCCAGUGUCCCCGUGCCAGAGCAGGGGGUGCCACCGUCCCUGUCCCAGAGCAGGGGGUGCCACUGUCCCCGUGCCAGAGCAGGGGGUGCCACUGUCUCCGUGCCAGAGCAGGGGGUGCCACUGUCCCCGUCCCAGAGCAGGGGGUGCCACUGUCCCCGUGCCAGAGCAGGGGGUGCCAGUGUCCCCAUGCCAGAGCAGGGAGUGCCACUGUCCCCGUGCCAGAGCAGGGGGUGCCAGUGUCCCUGUCCCAGAGCAGGGGGUGCCACUGUCCCCAUGCCACAGCAGGGCGUGCCACCAUCCCUGUCCCAGAGCAGGGGGUGCCACGGUCCCCGUGCCAGCUUGGGGGGCUCCAGCUCCACCAGCCAGGGCUCUGUGUGUUGCAGUAGCUGUGUUGCAAAUCCAUGCAGUGCUUAGUGACAGAAGGGCUCUGCUCAGCCCCCCAAAGGCCCCUGCAGCUGCUCCCCAGCCCCUGCACUAAAAUUCCAUGUUCAGGAGCGUGGGGCUGGGGCGGGAAGCAGGAGCUGCUGUUGAGCUGCCCGCAGGGUUCGUGCCCUGUGGGCAUUGCCCUGUGCCCCCUGAGCAUGCAGACCUGGGCACAUGCAGGUUCAGUGCCAG